AGAAGCUAACUCUCUUGUCUCUCAUCCCUCCAUUUUCCUCUUCCUUAAGAGAAAACAAUUACAAAAACCAGCCCAUACAAAUAAAAAAUGGAAUCAAUCAAUCCUCCUGCCAUAGCCAAAAAACUAUGCCACAUCGUGCAAGUGAUCUAUUACAUGUUACGCAAGGGCAUAUCAAAGAGGAAACUCCUAUUAGACCUCCACCUCCUCCGCAAGCGCGGCAAGAUUGCUGGAAAAGCCCUUGGCAACCUCCUCAUGACCUUCCAUCACAACCACCACCACCACCACCACCACUACCCCAUCAGCAUGAAAGAAGUAGAAUUCAGCUGUAGCAAUACCCCUUCCUAUGCUUAUAAUUACUUCCACGGCGCCAUUACCAAGAGAAAGAACCGCCGCCACUGCCACCAUGAUGAUUUCGAUAGCUUCGACACGGUAGAGUUCGCCAUGGCAUUUCAAAUGAUGAAUAUGGAGGACUUAGAUGCGGUGUCAUCGACUUUGCCGACGCCUUCACCGAUGAUGGUAAGACAAUUGAGAAUAACUGACUCGCCUUUCCCCAUGAAUGAGAAUGAGGUUAGAGAUGCAGGCAGAAUAAAUGAGGAGGCAGAUAAGUUCAUAAAAAAGUUCUAUGAGCAAUUGCUAAUGCAGCAAUUGGCAUCUGAAGAUGUCACCCCUGAUAGCUACAACUACAGUCGUCGAAGUAGAUGAUCGGCUAGAACUAAAUUAUGUUGGGAGCUAGAUUGAUUGAUUCAAUAAGGAUAUCAAUAGUAAUUAAUUACAAGUUAUUAUGAAGCUUUCUUUAUGUGUACUCUUUUAGUGUCUCCUUGAAAGAAAUUUGGAUUAGAAUCUGGUGUUCCAAUCGAUUUAAGUUAAAAUAUUCUAAUCCAAAGUUUCUUGUGACUAGUUGUUUGGGGUAUCUUUUGUAUGUGGACAAUGAAUUGUGCAAUGAAAGUCCUCUCUUUUUUUA